AGGGAGAGAGAGAGAGAGAGAGAGAAAGAAUUGUAGUGUGAACAUUUGCUUAUGUGCAGAACAAGUCUUUUCCAGUACAGUUAGUACUCUUGUCUACACUACUGUUGGUCUUAGUGGAGCCAUGUCAGGCUCCAGAAAGGACUUUGAUGUGAAGCAGAUCCUGCGAAUUAGAUGGAGGUGGUUCAGCCAUCCCACGUCCCCCCCUCCAGCCAGUGCAGGAGAAAGCCAACAAUUAGGGGAGUUUUGCAAUACUGGGGCAGUGGGGAGUCCCUCUGACAACAGUAACAACAGCAGCGGAAGCAGCAACAGCAGCAGAAAGUUUUUGGACCAGGGGAAUCUACCUGUCCCCUUGGCAUCAAUUGGCUGGCCUCGCUUAUCCCGACCUGAUGACUGCUUGAGUUCACCCUUUUGGCCGACCUCGUAUCCCCCUGACCCCUCUACAUUUAAAGUAACGGAGGCCUGUGAGGGAGCACGUGCACUGGAUGGGAACGAAGCCGACGAAGCAGGAGGGAGUGAGGAAGAGAACGAAUCGGACACCAGUUCUUGCAGGACAUCCAAUAGCACCCAGACCCUGUCCUCAUGUCAGACCAUGGAGACAUGUGCCUCUGAUGAAUACUUUCAAGCUUUAAACCAUGCAGAACAGACCUUCAAAAAGAUGGAGAACUAUCUGAAACACAAGCAACUGUGUGAUGUAGUUCUGGUGGUUGGAGACCGAAAAAUCCCAGCUCACAGGUUGGUCCUAUCUUCUGUUUCUGACUACUUUGCUGCUAUGUUCACCAGUGAUGUGCGUGAGGCAAAGCAGGAAGAAAUUAAGAUGGAAGGUGUGGAUCCUAAUGCUCUGUGGGCUCUUGUACAAUAUGCCUAUACAGGUCGCCUGGAGCUGAAGGAAGAGAACAUAGAGAGCUUGCUUUCAGCAGCCUGCCUCCUCCAGCUGUCCCAAGUUGUGCAGGCGUGCUGCAGAUUCUUGAUGAAGCAACUGCAUCCCUCAAACUGCCGAAUUCGCUCUUUUGCUGAUGCACAGGGCUGCACAGACUUGCACAAAGUGGCUCACAAUUACACUAUGGAGCAUUUCAUGGAAGUGAUAAGAAACCAGGAGUUCCUCCUUCUGCCAGCCUCUGAAAUUUUGAAACUUUUGUCUUCUGAUGAUAUGAACAUUCCCAAUGAAGAGACCAUCCUAAAUGCACUGUUGAGUUGGGUUCGAUAUGAAAUGGGGACCCGGCAGAAAGAAAUGAGCAAACUCCUGGCAUUCAUUAGAUUGCCACUUUUAUCCCCACAGUGUCUGGCAGAUAUGGAAAACAACCCACUGUUUAGAGAUGAUAUUGAAUGUCACAAACUUAUUAUGGAGGCCAUGAAAUACCAUCUUCUUCCAGAACGUCGCCCUAUGCUUCAAAGUCCCAGAACGAAACCCAGAAAAUCUACAGUGGGGGUCCUAUUUGCAGUUGGGGGUAUGGAUGCUACUAAAGGUGCCACAAGCAUCGAAAAGUAUGAUCUUCGUACAAACACAUGGACCCAUGUAGCCAACAUGAAUGGCCGACGGCUACAGUUUGGCGUUGCUGUGUUGGAAGAUAAACUGUAUGUUGUAGGAGGAAGAGAUGGGUUGAAAACACUUAAUACAGUAGAGUGCUACAAUCCAAAGACCAAAACCUGGAGUGUGAUGCCGCCAAUGUCCACACACAGACAUGGACUUGGUGUGGCUGUCUUGGAGGGGCCAAUGUAUGCAGUAGGAGGCCAUGAUGGUUGGAGUUACCUGAAUACUGUGGAAAGGUGGGAUCCUCAAGCACGCCAGUGGAGCUUUGUGGCAUGCAUGUCAAUUCCAAGAAGUACAGUUGGUGUAGCUGUGCUUAAUGGCAAGCUGUAUGCUGUAGGUGGUCGGGAUGGAAGCUCAUGCCUGAAAUCAGUGGAAUGCUUUGACCCCCAUACAAACAAGUGGAUCCCUUGUGCACAAAUGGCAAAGAGAAGGGGAGGUGUGGGAGUAGCAACCUGGAAUGGUUUUCUUUAUGCUAUUGGCGGACACGACGCUCCAGCUUCCAGUCUAACAUCAAGACUUUCAGAUUGUGUGGAGAGGUAUGACCCAAAGACAGAUACGUGGACAGCAGUCGCUCCAAUGAGCAUUAGCAGAGAUGCUGUGGGUGUGUGUCUGAUGGGCGAUCGCCUCUAUGCUGUUGGAGGAUAUGAUGGACAAGUAUACUUAAAUGCUGUUGAAGCGUAUGACCCUCAGACCAAUGAGUGGACACAGGUUGCACCCUUGUGCCUUGGAAGGGCCGGAGCUUGUGUCGUGGCAGUAAAACUAUAAGCCUCCAGUCAUUUUGGAAUAAGCUGUCCUUAAUAAUCUUAUUGAGCCUCAUUCCGUUUGCUUGUGUGUAUCCCCAAGGAGUCGUGUUUACAAGCCCACAUUAUGAGGAAAAACAAAUUCCUGAAAAUGAUCAUUUCUUUCUGCACUACAUUCAAAGUCUUUAAACAAUCUUGGGAUUUUGUUUUCACCGCGUGUGUACAAAGGGCUCUAAACCUGUUGGUUAAAUGCUUUGAUUUAUGAGAAAGCCUUUAUGAUUUUGAAUUGAUUUCAUACAAUUCAGUUUUUUUGCCUGCUAUCUCUAGUAGACGCCAAAGGUCUUUUUAUUUUAUUUUUUUUUUUUUUUUGCUUCUGGCCAUGUAUUAUAAAAUGUUGCUUUCACAUUUCUACUGUGUUAAAAAAAUCAGAAAAUGUGAACUGUAAAGUCAAGUUAGUAGUUUGUGUAAGUAGUGAUGUAACAUGGUUACAAGAUGGGAAAAGAAUAUCGUUAACUACUUUAAAGAAAAAUUCAGCAUUGGUCGAUAUUUGUACAUUAUAAAGGCAUGUGUUUAUACUUAAAUUUGCACUUAAUUUGCUUUCAAAUAUGAGUGAAAUCUUUUUAAAAUCUUUUUGUAAUGUAAUUUCUGUUGUUGUCAUAUAUUUUUUACUAGAGAUGUUGUUGUUGGACUUGCAAUCACUCAAUGACACUUUUUUAAAUUAGUCAAUUAGAAAAAUACAAUGCAUACAUGUAUUUGCUUCUUUUGCAGGUUUUAUCGUAUCCAAAUCUUUGCAAUUCUCCACAACUCCGAUGUAAUUUAAAUUGCACUAUUUUCAUACUGCACAUUUGGAAGGUCUGACUGAGCACUGCUUACAUUCCCAAAAGACACAGAGCUCUUUUCUUAGAUAGAAUUCACUAUGCACACUAUGAGGGGUUCAUGGGUAGAAAAUAAGUCAGUCAUUUUCUAGCCCGCUUGGUCCUGAACAGGGUUGUGGAGGUCCCAGCUAGCAUAAAGGUGCAAGGCAAGAACAAAUGCUGGAUAGGGUGCAAGUCCAUCGCAGGGUGAACACACACACACAUACACAACGGCCAAAUUGGAAUCACCAAUCCACCUAUUCUGCGUGUUUUUGGACUGUGGGAGGAAACCCAUGCAAACUCCACGCAGGGAGGACCCGGGACAUGAAUCCGGGUCUCCUUACUGUGAGGCAGCAGUGCUACCACUACGCCACCAUGCCACAUUUUAAAAUAAAUUAUUAAAUAAAGGAAACUAGUUACAUAAAAGUGGUAGAGAUAAGAAAGGAGAGGUGGGAGAACAUAUCAGUGUGUGCCAGUGUGUACUGAUUUGUGACUGUCCUAACAGCACACUUACUUUAGUCGGAAAACGUUUGUAAAUGUAAAUCUGGUGGUAUAUUGCUGUGUUGGAAAUGUGUAAGAAUGUUAUACAAUGUGCAUUUUAAAUUUCUAAUGUGUGUAUUACACUUUACAUUCACCAGUUGCUUUGUGUAUUACUUGAAGAGACACUCUUCAACAGGUUAUUUGCACCACAUAUGUUAUCUUUUUUUAACAUUUUGUGCCUUAAUUUUUAUAUAUAUAUGUGUGUGUAUAUAUAUAUAUAUUUUAUGGAUGUUUUUUUUUUUCCAGAAUGAAUGUGAAGCUGAUUUUUGGUUUCAUAAUAUUUACAUUGUCUCUCUUCUUUUCCCUACAGGCAGGUUAAAAGAUUUUAAAGGAAAGUAAAUUUAUUUGAAAAAAAUCUUUAAUAUUGCAAUAAAACAGAAACAUAUUUUAAUAAUGGUGCAUCAUGAAUUGCACUGAAUUUCACUAAAUGAUUAAGUGAACUAGAGAAAUGCAUGUAAAAAAAAUGAAUUAACUUAUGGAAGCACUAAAAAUUAAUAAAAUGAGGUAAGCCGCAAUUGACAGAAUAUUAUUUGUAAAGGUACUAGUGAAGACUACAUAUUAUAGAAAUUAAAAUACUGGCUGUGCAGAAUAAUAACAAACAGCCAUCCUCCCUACAUAAUACACUUCCGCUGAGCUAUUUUUUUGCAAGCUUGCUUUUAUUACAUAUUGAUAAUUGGAUAAUUCACUAUCAGAAUUAAUUUUAAAAAAUCUGAAAUAAAGUAUCACCUGAGCUGUUGCUUGUGUGACUUCUUACCCUUACUUUUGUUUAAUGUUUCUAAACAAGUGUAGUUAACCAUGCACUCCAGAACCAGGAUACAUUUAGCCCAAUCUCAGUGAUGAACCAACAAUCUGAAGAAAUCUAAAUAGGUUUCACUUCGCAAAAGGAAUCACAAAACUACACUAUUAUGCAAGAAGGUAAAUCCGCACCAAUGGGCCAGAAAGAAUACUGAUUAUUUUCCUCCAUAUAUUUUCAUCUCAUCUGCAGUCCUGUAGCAGUGCUGACAAGGGGACUACACUUCCCAUCAGGCAGCAGAAGGGUGCUGUGGCUGAUGGAAAGCCACCUGAUCAGUCAGGUUGAAGUUAUAGUACACUCUGUCAGAUCAGCUCGCCAUGCACAAUUGUAAGACCACAGGUAGUUUCUUUUCUCGCUGGAGAAAGCUUUAGUCUAGCAGUAGACCACUUUGUACAUCAUUUUAUCUCAUCAUGGGCUCUCUUUAGCCAUAAUUACAUUUCCAAAAACACUGUUCACCCAUUUAAAAGUUCUGGAACAUUUUUUGGGUGUAUGCCAUUGCUAAACCCUAAAGAAGCAGUGUUUCUUUCUUUCUGCUUCCCAAAAGUCCUUUAUGAAUUCAAAAAAAAAACAAAAA